AUGGCUAGUCACGGGGACAUGCCGCUGGAUAUUAGAAGAAAGAAAAUCAGUGGGCAGCAAAAAAUAGAGGCACUGGAAAGAGAGGUUUCUAUGCUUCAGAAAAUGCUGAAACAAGAAGAAAAUGUGCAUGAGAUUUUGGAUCGUAUGCAUAAGAAGGAUGAUGGUUCUGGGAUUUCAAUCCCAAACUUCCUUCCUCCUAAGAUGAAAGAGCUCUUAGCAGAGUUGGCCAUGGUUGAGGGUGAGAUAGCUCGAUUGGAAGGCCAAAUAAGUCAACUUCAACUGGGUCUGAAACACGAAGAGGUAAUAACUAAGGAUGCAAAAUCAAAACAACUGCAGCCUGCAGCUGGAACUCUAAGUAACCUCCAAGGCCAUUUGUCCAACACAGCUAAUCCAAGCCCCUUCUUCAUAAAAGGCGUUCAGGAAAAAAUGGCAUUCGAGACCAAGGCAUUACAUUUUAUAAGCAAAGCAAUUAAGGGUGACUAUAUUCUUAAUGACUUCAAUCCAAAUGAGAAAAUGGGAGCCUCAAAAGUAUUUUCUGAUCAGAAAGAAAACCAUUUUCACGAGGAGGCUAAAUUUCAAGACAGGGUUCCAAAAAAACCAAGAGAACGUAAUGCGCAGAUCCCGUUGGACCUCCUAUCAAAAUCACUAUCUAAUUCAAUUCUACCAGAAGAGAACACUCAGCAGCUGCAGCCCAACAAGCUAUCUGAGAAUAUCAUGAAGUGUUUGAACUUCAUUUAUGUCAGGUUACUAAGGACAUCAAGAGCAAUGGAACUGGAGAAAUCAGGACCCGUUUCCAGGUCUUUGCACUCUUCUAUGAUAUCAAGAAAUUUCAGAUCCGAGAACAGCAUGAACUCAAAAUCGAACCUUCUGUUACAAAAGGAAUCAAGACAACAGGAUCCAUAUGGUGUCUUCGAUGCGGAAGAGUCUAUCCCAAGGGAUAUAGGUCCUUACAAGAACUUGGUUAUAUUCACGUCAAGCUCCAUGGACCCAAAAUGGAUUUCACAUUCUAGUUCUAUCCCUCUCUUGAGGAAGUUGAGGUUGUUAAUGAACAAUCUCCAGACUGUGGACUUGCGAUUCUUGACUUACCAACAGAAACUAGCAUUCUGGAUCAACAUGUACAAUGCUUGUAUCAUGCAUGGAUUUAUUCAGUACGGAGUGCCUUCUGCACCAGAAAAAUUGUUCACAUUGAUGAACAAGGCAACCCUCAACAUAGGAGGCAACACUAUUAAUGCUCAAGCAAUACAGCAUUAUAUUUUGAGGAAGCCAGCAUCUUCAAACAAGGUUAAUCAAAAGAAUGAAAAAGAUGAUAAAGAAGCUGUUGUUCGCAAACUUUACGGACUUGAAUCGAUGGAUCCAAAUGUCGCAUUUGCUCUUUGUUGUGGAACUCGCUCAUCUCCUGCUGUGAGAGUAUAUACAGCUGAAGGUGUCAUGGAUGAGUUGGAGAAAUCAAAGUUAGAGUAUUUGCAAGCUUCAGUAGUGGUGACUAGCACAAAAAAGAUAGCAUUCCCCGAUCUUCUGCUUCGAAACAUGCUUGAUUUUGCUGUGGACACAGACACAUUAGUGGAAUGGGUUUGUCAUCAAUUACCUACAUCUGGGACAUUGAGGAAAUCAAUAGUGGAUUGCUUCAGGGGCCGUAACAGUGGCAAAAUACCCCGCAUUACUGUUGAGAAGAUACCAUAUGACUUCGAGUUCCAGUACCUGUUGGCAAUACAGACUCAUAAACUUUUCUAG